UGAAGAAAUUUUGACUAGCAUCAAAGAACUUAUAAUGCAUAGAACAGGGUGUCCUCCAGUGAAUGCAGACCAUUUGUACACAUUCAAACAACACAUGGACAAUUUUCCACACCCCUGUCCAACUGUAGCAAACAGUAUUGCAGGAGGGACAUUCCCUACCCCCAGUCCACCCCAGCCGAUCUCACAAAAUCUUCACGGUUGGGCAGAUGUUAAUCCACAGAAUCAAGCAUCCGUCCAAGCCAUCUUUAACCACUUCUCUCAGGAAGAUCAACAACACGCAUACAACCAUUUCUUCCAAAAACUACAUCGUGCUCCAAAAGUUCUGGAGUUUUCCCGGUUCCUGUUGAUAUAUGAAGGUAAUGACCUGACGGACACCUCUCACAAGACAUUAGGGCAGCUAUACUUAGAAAAUGAAGAGUUUAGGGAAACUCUGAACCGCCAUCUUCGAAGCAUUGGACUCCUUGAACAAAUGCUGAGCUCAAAGGAUGUCAUGAUUCAAGUAUUGGGGCAGUCCAGUACAGCAAAUAUAAGGAAGAUUAAUGAUCUACAAACACAGAAGCUCAAUCUUCAGAGAAUCCUAUGUAAAGUCCAACAGGACAAGGCCCAGCUUCAGCUAGACCACAAUUCCCUGCAGCAGGAACAUACUCAGUGUCUGACUGAGCUGGAGGAUGAGAGGAAAGAUAAGCAGGUGUCCCAACACAGGUGUCAACAGUUACAGACAGACAAUCAGGCACUCCAGAAUGAAAUUACCAGACAAACAGAAACCAUUACAGACAUGCAGACAAAAAAGGGACAACUCAGUUCUUUUGUUUUUAUGCAGAUGUCCUUAGAAAUGGAUGGUUUCCAACCAGGCUGUGAUGUGGAGGCCAUGUUAGAGCUUCAAAUGUCUGAGGUUGAAAUGCUGACUAGCAUGUUUCCCAAUAAAUCUGAAUUCUCACUGGAUGAUCCCACUGCUCCACAGAACAUCAAAUCAUUUUUAUCUGGGCAAAUAAAGUAUGAAUACCUCCACCAAAGAUUGGGAUUCUCUCUUCGUGUCCAUCCAGAGGGAACCCAGUUAUCUGUGGAAUUAGUUUGUACAUUUCCCCAUGAGUAUCCUCAGGCUGCUCCCAAUGUGUUCACACGAUGUCCGAGUAUGAGUAAAGAGAAUCACAGGAAACUCAAUGAGGACAUGCAUGAAUUCAUACAGAAUCUGGACCGAGGAGAAAUCUGUAUGUACUCUGUCAUUGAAUGGAUUCAGGACAACAUUGAUAACUAUGUACAAUCAUCACAGGAGAGUGAUUCAACGCCAGACAAAGAGGUUCAGUACGACACAGUUCUGUCCAGGCUGUGGAUCUAUAGUCACCAUAUCUUCAGCAAAUUCAAAAGGAGAGACAUACUGGACUGGGCAGAGGAGCUGAAGUUAACAGGAUUUAGUCUGCCGGGAAAGCCCGGUGUGAUAUGUGCAGAGGGGUAUAGUCGUAAUGUGGAAGAUUACUGGCAUCGCCUGAGAGGGAUGAACUGGAAGAGGAUCGUCAUCCGAGAGAAGGAGGAGGAAGACAUUGGGGAGGAUGACAUCGACAAACACAGAAAAUUUUCAAAGUUUGAAGAAAAAGUUUUUGGAGUUCGAGGAGGCAAAGGGAGGGAAUACCACAUGGACUUUGGACAGUUACACUCUUAUCUUGAAGAGCAUCAAAGUGGACAUAUAUUCAGCAUAUAUUUUGGUGUGGAUGGGAAAAAUAACUUAUGAUAUUUAUAAAUACUGAAUAAAUUUUUUUAUACACA